AAUGCAGCUCAGAUGCACCUCGGCAGGAAGCAGGAAAUGUAGAUGUUUGGGUGCAGCAGGGAGCCUGCCGGAGCACCCCUCAGGUGGGAGCACUGCCAGGGCAGCAUGCGAAACCCCAGCCUUAUCACCCUGCUCUCUGCCCUGUCGCUGGCUGGAGGAUCUUUUGGAAAUGGCCCUGAAAAUGAUGGAUCAGGAGAUGGACCAUUGACAUUACCCACUGUUGCAGUAACAUCUUCUGCUGCUAUGGGUUCUUCAACCGUGAAUGACCAUGAGACAGUACUUGUCACGACAAGCGCUACUGAAAGCAGCUUUGGAACAGAAAGUACUUCAAGUAGUGAACCGAAUGCUGUAAAUGAUGAGAACAGCCUAGAAGCAGCAGAACAGUCUAUCUUGAUAUAUGUUGUCCCUGUCGUGCUGCUGGUCCUGCUGAUUUUAUUGAUCACAUUUUUUGUAAUACAUCAUAAAAGGAAAAAGUCUAAGCAAGAUGAGCUGGGAAGUGAAAAUGUGAAAAGUCCUAUUUUUGAAGAAGACACGCCCUCUGUUAUGGAGAUAGAAAUGGAAGAGCUUGAUAAAUGGAUGAACAGCAUGAACAAAAAUGCUGACUGUGAAUGUUUGCCUACUGUAAGAGAAGAAGAAAAAGAAUCAAUUGCCAACCCAAGUGAUGGUGAAUCAUGAAGUCAGAACAGCAAAGAACUGGCUAAAGGGAAGCAGUACACAAGCUAACCAUCCCCCAGAUAUUGGAAGAACUGGAUUUAAGUAUAAUUAAUCUCAAAAGGCCAGACAAGCAAACGCUUUGGUUGUGUCCUGCUAUUUUUGGUCUUCAGAAAGGAAACAUCACCAAGGAGAAGGAAGAAAAGAAAAGAAAAAAAGAAAAGCACAGUGGCAAGAUUAGAGACUGAUUUAAAUUCUUUCUGCAAUUACAUUCCUCACAAAUCAAAAGAAACCUCUUCCCCCCCACCCCCAAGUUCUCAAAAUAGUUCAUGAUUCUGUCUCAUUCUGCAGUUUUGUAUUGUGCAGCACUUAAAACCACUUCUGUUCAAAGUUCGGUGGGUUUCUUUGUUUUGUUUUUCAAGGGUGUUUGUUUCCAUGUCCAUAAUUCUGGACAGCCCUGGCUUUGUGGAUGUGAAGCUCAUACCUAUGCAAUGUUUAUUUUUCAAUUUGCAUUUUCUGAAUGGUGCACUGAUUUGCACAGAGCAUCUGCUGGGGAGGUACCAGGCUAGGACUGACAGACCACCUCUGAGGACAGAGAGAGCAGCUGAGAAGUCUCUCAAAGGAAUAGCCAGAAGUGACUGCAGCCCGGCAAGGGCAUGGACUCUGUCUGUAGUAUGUUUUUUGGUUUUCAAAUUAAAGGCAUCGGAGAAGUGAAAACUAUUAUUUUGAGAUUGCCUUUCAGUUCAUUAUCUCCACAGAUGAGUGCCCUGGGCUAGCUCUCUCUAUGUAAGUCUCCUCCCUGCCAAGGGCUGUUCUCUAACCACCUACUUCAGGAAUAUUCAACUUGAAAACAUUUUUUUUUUUUAAAUAAGCGAGCUUGAAAAAUUGAACAAUUCAGUACUGACACCAAACACGUUUAGAUGAGUAUGUGUUAUGCGUGACUACGUGGUCGAGGUUUUCAGAUGCAGUACAUUUUCUGCUGCUUCUGUUGUUGAAAAUUGAGCUUGCAAUAUCUGAAAGACAUGGACUUCUAAGUGUGCCUGGUCACCUUUAAUUACACUGAAAAAAAAUCAGACUCCUGGGAUACCUCAGGGUGGGAAUAUAAAUGUUACAACUGUGUCCAUUGAUUUUCUAUAGCAAGUCUCUUAGGGAUGUAGUUUAAAUAUGUAACACAUAAAAGCGGAUCCAUGUCCAUGCAAAGCUUCCUUUGCCUUGUUUAAAAAAGCAAAUUCACAUCCUACCAUAUCUUAUACCCUACCCUAUCAUAUCCUACCUAUCCUCAUCUUCUAUUUAAAUAUAGAGUGCCUUCCCACUCAAUACAUGUUUAAUAUGAUCAGUUUUAGUUUGCCUGCAAAUAACUCACUAAUAAGUUAUCACGCAUAUCUUGAUCAAAGAGAGAAAACAAAUGCCCCAAGCCUCUGGGAUGGCUUCUAAGUGUCGCUAACAGCUGACAAAUACAGAGGAUGGUUCAGCUUUGUGAAUAAUAAAGGACGUGUCACAAUAUAGAAGAAAAGAAUGUUUACAGCAAACAACAUUCAUUCAUUACUGAAUGUGACUUGAUCAGUAAUUUCCUCAAAGAAUAAAAGACUUCAUCAUUGUCCAAAACUAUUUAUUACAAAUGUUGGAUUUAAUUGAUGAGUAAUGGUAAAUAGAUUUUCCCUGCUUGGAUGGUUUUUAACUUUGAAAAAAGUGUUUUAAGCUCAGUCUAACAACUUUUUUCUUUUAAAAACAUUUCCACUAUUUCCUGACAGCAAACUCAUUCUGUAGAAUAUUGGUUUAAAAUAAUGCAGGGGAAAAAAAAGUGGAAGAUUGAAAUUCAGAAAAUUUUAAAAAACAGUAGUAGAUAUUUUUCAGUAGCAGCUUUGUUAGCAACUUUUUUCCAACAGAAAAAUAUGUUAUGCUCAGCCUUCCUACAGUUUGCAAAGCAGUAACCUGAGGAUGCCCAAAACAGAGAACAUUUCUUUAAUGGUACAAGAUAAAAAGAUGUAUUUUGGGACCAUUACCAGAUGUGUGGUUGGAGGGCAGUCAGUGGGGACCCAGCAGUUCCCCAGUGUCCACCUGUGACUCUCACCCUACCUUGCUCCAGCCCAUACAGCUCCAUGUCCAACAUCCACCACCUUCUCCCUGCAGAGAGCUGAUGCACAGCUGGGACAAAAAGGAGUCUUUGCCUUUUGUAUUUUAUUUUUUUGCUUUUGAAAAUUAACCGACCCCCAAAGGUGACAUUGUUUGGCAUAACUCAGUUCUGACAUGAUGAUGAUCCAUCAUCCUGUCCUAGCCACACAUCAAUGAUAGCACAAUGCACUACCUCACUCUGCUGUGGCAUUUGAUAAGAGCCUGUGUUGUGCAUGUUGAUGGUUUGGGAUUAAUAUUAAUUCUAGGUGGUCCUUCUGCCAGAUAAAAUGCUGCACAGUUCCAAGUCAGUUUCUCAGAGAUUUGGUUUCACUUAUAUAUUUUAUUUUUUAAGUUUACCUUGAGUGAAUUAUAUUCUGUAAACUCAUGCCAAUAAGCAUGAAUUCUUAUUCUGGUGUUCAUGAUUAAUCAAUCUCUAUAUCAAACUUUAAAAUAAAUUUUGCCCAGAACUUAUGUCUCAGUUAGAGCUUAAUGAUUAUCCAGGGUAUGUCAUUUACCCUCUCUAAAAUCUGACAUGCUAGGGAAUUUAUUUUCUUCUUCAGGUACUUUCUAGGCAUUUAAAAAUACAAAGCAAUGCUUUGGGCAGUUCCUUGGCCAAGUACUUUGCCUUUCAGUAUAGUUAUGGAUAAUGCUAACAGGUUGCCUCCAUACCAGACAAAUAUGAUUUUUAGUAUUUCUGUUUUCCCUAAACGUUUUUACAUCAUUGUUCUUCCUCCCCAGCCUUUAACUAUGGAGGGGGUCAUUCAUUCAUCUGAUACCUCAGCCUGGCUCUGCACUGCCCCGUUUCAUCCCACCAGUCUCUUUCUUUGAUCGUCAUUUUCACAUUGACUUCUGCAUUUGCCAUGGCCAUUGCCCAGCACCCACUCACUCUGGUUACUUUCUGCAGACAACGGGUUCAUGGGCUCAGCUUCAGCCUGGGUGCUACCUUGGCCCCUCUCUUCCCUGACCCCAUUCAGUAUUUCUCUCUUCUGCUUGCCUGUGAGCCCCUUGCACUCCUGUUUGUUUUACACUUGUCAUCAGUUCCUGGUCAUCUCCUUUUGCACCCUUUUGUCCCAGUAUUUUAAUCUUGUAGGUGAAUUGAAUUGCAGGGGACUUAGAUAACUUCUCUCCUACAUUAGUAAACCAAAACAUUCUAAUAUUCCAGUUCAUGAAUAUUAACUUGACAUCUUUGGUUGAGGCACCCUAAUUUUCCCUAAAUGAUGCACAUAGUCAGGUCCUCUAACCCACAAAACAAAAGGAAGGACAACCAGACAGCAGAUAAGAUAUCAUCAGGUUUUAAAAAUUAUUUUAUUAUCGCUAUACACUACGCAAUAUUUAGGCCUCUGCUGUAAUGUCCUCAUUGUCAGCCUGAUCUGAGCCAAUCCAUCCUCUUGCAACAUCUACUGGCAACUUAUAACUCAAAUUAUCAUCCCUCAGUAGAAAUUAGGAAAAAGCGUGCAAACAGAAAAUCUCUUCCACUGCGUAUUGUUCUAAAAUGUUUAGCAAAUGUGAUGAUCCCUAAGGAACUGUUACCUCUUCUUCCAUUUUCCUCAAUUAUUUCAGUACUUAUCCAGCACUUCAAGGCAAUUUGACAUCUAAUUUACAGUGUGAGGCCUUUUUGUUCUGCAGAAGGCAGAAAAGCUACACAUCCAAAGGAGGAUUUUUUUGAGAAAUACAUGGAUAAUAAGAAGGGUAAUUAGGCAACAUCUUUCCUACAUGUGUUAAAAAUCAGUAUCGUAACAAAAUAGAAAUAACUCCUCCGUAAUAUUUCAAACAUAAGGCUACUGACAUUGCCAGCAGUUAAUUAAUUCCAUAAGAGUCUUGCACUUGCAAAGAACAUAACCCUAAGAGUAACCUCAGCAAAAAGGAAUAUUCUUUUUAGUUUCUAUGCAGUCAUAAGUUAUAGAUUCAUAGAUAACUCUUGCUCUGAGAUUUGUUACGCUAAACCCAUUG